ACAGCCCCGCACUGCAACGUGAGCCUGGUGCCAACGCUACGUCUGUUGUUACUGACCCCGUAGUUGCAGUCCAGAGUGCUGCGGUAGCGACAGGAAGAAGAAUCAGUCUACAGAUUGUCCCAGUGACCGUGAGCGGCGGCAAUGGUGGACCGAUUAUUGAAACUUAUGCAUUUUUAGAUAAUGGAUCUGAUCACAGUUUAUGUUUACACAGUUUAGCUGAAAAGUUAGGUGCCAGUGGGAAACCUAUCCAGUACAGUGUCAGUACAGUUAACGAUGAAAGUUGCGUAAACCAAGGACAAGAAGUACAGCUAGAAGUGAAAGCUAUCAAUAGCCAACAAGGAUUGAUUCUAGAUCAAGUUUGGACGACCGACAGACUACCGAUCUGUGAAAAGAACAUUCCAAAUAACUCCGACAUUUCAGAGUGGAGCCAUUUGAAAGAUGUCCAACUGCCAGAGCUAGAUGACAAAACAGUUACCAUUCUCAUCGGUAAUGAUCACCCUGAAGCUCAUUGGCGCAUAGAAGAGAGACGAGGCGAUAAGAAACAACCGUACGCGAUCCGAACGAUUUUAGGAUGGACUAUAUUAGGUCCCAUGAAAAGACCAAAUGAUGGUGACGUCACGGUUAAUUUCAUUCAUGCAGACCAGGUACUCGGAUGUGACAAUUCUCUGAGAGGCUGCGAUUCCAUUUCUACCCAGCUAAGCAAGAUUUACAACAGUGAAUUCAGUGAGUCUUCAGUUAGCAGCAGCCAAUGUAUGUCGUUAGAAGAUAAGAAAGCGAAGAGGAUCAUGGAUGAGUCCGUAGUAUUUAUUGACGGACAUUACCAAGUUUCACUUCCUUGGAAGUCAGACGAGCUCUUACCCAAUAACAAGCCAGCAGCUGAAAAGCGCUUGAAUCUGCUCAAAAGACGUUUACAGCGUGACGAAAAACUACGAGAGAAGUAUACUCAAGCUGUUCAGGAGUAUAUUGAUAAAGGACACGCUCAGAAGAUUGACCACAGAAAUAUGCAUAAUAACAGCAAUUCUGUUUGGUACUUACCUCAUCACCCUGUGAUCAAUUCAAAGAAGUCCAAAAUUAGAGUUGUCUUCGAUUGUGCAGCGAAAUAUGCAGGCGUUUCGCUGAAUGAUUCCUUGUUACAGGGUCCGGAUUUAACCAAUUCACUCAUUGGAGUUCUCCUUAGAUUCCGCCAGGAGAAGAUAGCUAUUGUUGCUGAUAUUGAGCAAAUGUAUCAUCAAGUGAGAGUGCACCCUGAUGAUCGUGACGCCUUACGAUUCUUAUGGUGGCCGGCAGGAGAUCUCAGCAAACAACCAGAAGAAUACCAAAUGUUAGUCCACGUGUUUGGUGCUACUUCCUCUGCAAGUUGUACAGUCUACGCUCUCCUCAAAAAUGCAGAAGAUCAUGGAAAGGACUUUGAUUUCCAGACCGUUGAAACUGUCUACAGAAACUUCUAUGUUGACGAUUGCUUAAAUUCUGUAGAGACUGUCGAUGAAGCUAAGAGGAUGAUCACUCAACUCACCUCAUUACUGCAGAAAGGUGGAUUUCAUCUGACCAAGUGGAUAUCGAACCAGGAGGAAGUUCUAUCCAGUGUGCCCACAGCGGAGCAAGCACCGUCGGUCAGAAAUGUAAACUUUGACAAACAGCCGAUAGAACAUGCGUUAGGCGUACAGUGGAACAUAGAAAAGGAUACAUUUGGAUACUGCGUCCGUGAAAGGGAUGUAAAGAAUACCCGCAGAGGUAUUUUGUCAUUUAUUGCAUCGAUAUAUGAUCCACUGGGUUUUGCAGCGCCACUUAUUCUCAAACCUAAACAGAUACUCCAAGAAUUGUGUCGGGAAGGCAUUGCGUGGGACAGUGACUUACCUGCAGAGCAUCUUAAUGCAUGGACACAGUGGAGAGAAGGAUUGGACAAUUUACAAACAAUUGAAGUACCAAGAUGCUACAAAUCACCUCAAUUAGCAGAUAUUCAGUCCAUUGAACUUCACCAUUUUUCAGAUGCCUCGUUAUCCGGCUACGGCAUUGUUUCCUACUUGCGAUUUGUUGAUAUUAACCAGCAAGUAUCUUGCAACAUUGUCAUGGGAAAAUCACGUGUAGCGCCUCUGAAAUCAGUGACUGUUCCACGAAUGGAGCUGACAGCUGCUACAUUGUCUGCGAAAGUUCACAAACAAAUUAUGGAGGAGCUACAACUGCCCAUUCAUCGUGUUGUUUUCUGGACAGAUUCUACGAUUGUUCUCCAGUACAUACGGAAUUCCGCGACCAGAUUCCACGUUUUUGUUGCCAAUCGUUUACAAAUGAUACAUGAUGUUUCAUCCCCAUCGCAGUGGUAUCAUGUUGAUUCAGAUCAGAACCCGGCAGAUUACGCUUCCAGAGGAAUACAGCUCAGAAGUGAUAACGGUGAUGACAUACAGCGUUGGUUACAUGGCCCAGCUUUCUUGUACCAGCCCGAGAUACACUGGUCGAAACAACCAGAUAAUCUACAUGAAAUUCCAGAAAAUGACAGAGAAGUGAAACGUAAAUCAGCACAGAUACACGUCACUACGUCGUCGGAAGUAUUGGACGGUGUAGAGCGAUUGUUACAUCAUUUCUCAUCAUGGUAUGCGUUACAGAAAUCAGUUGCCUGGAUUUUGCGUUUCAAACGCUACUUAUUGUCCCGCGUGAGACAAUUGACAGUAGAUAGAAACAAUGGCCCAUUAACAGUACAGGAAAUCGCGCUUGCUACUGAUGCCAUCGUGAUGUAUGUACAAGCAAAGUCAUUUCACAAAGAGUACAACGUUGUAUCAUCUGCAAUGACCAAAAAACCCGAUUCCAAGGGAUGUGUGAGCCCAUUGCGCAAGCUAUCUCCGAUCAAAAUUGAAGGGAUUCUGUGUGUAGGAGGACGUCUCCAGAAUGCAGCGAUAUCUACCUCACAGAAACACCCGAAAAUUCUUCCGCAUGAUCAUCACGUCACUGAAAUCAUUGUGCGACACUAUCACAUUAAAGAAGGACAUGUGGGAGCAUAUCACGUGUUAUCUGUGAUACGUCAAGAAUUUUGGAUAACGCGUGGAUUGUCAACAGUGAAAAAAGUCAUUCGCAAGUGCAUGGUGUGCCGCAGAUGGAAUGCAGUUCCCAGUAGUCAAGUUAUGGCCCCACGCUCCGACCAGCAAAGAACUUUGAAAAAGGUGACUUUGUUUUGCUUAUUGAUGAAAAUGCCUUUCGUGGUCAGUGGCCUAAAGGACUGA